AUGAUUGCCUCGAUCCUUGCCACCUCUCUCGUCGCCGGAUUGGCCGUCGCCCUUCCCUCCGAGGCCAGCGAUACAAGGGCAUCCAAUUGUUACGCCAAGUCGAAGAAGGCGAAUUGGUGGACUGUCAGUAACUUUGCCUAUUCGGUGUCGGACACAUUUGCAACGCCCACCGAUCGUACCUCAUUGGGCUACAUCAAUUUUUCCCUCACCCAUCCCGGCAUCAACUACACGGCCGAGUGCUCUGCUCGGUUUACUGAUGCGCAAUCCGGUAAUAUAACCGACUUUAUUUACGGCAAUACUACCUCGUGUAACCUUCCCGACAACGGAGACAAAGCUACAUUCAAGUUUAGCAGUUCUUCUGGCGAACUUGAAAUCAAUCAUACCUGGACCUGCUCUGAUUCCACAAGACGCUUCAAGGCAAGUGGUGUUGGUAAGCUCAACUGUGAAGAGAGCUUUGAGCACAACCGAGAAUGGGAUGACAAAACCGUCUACUCCAAUCGCCAAAUUUCCUGCGCCCACAAGACCGUACAUGCGCGGGUAAAGGAGAUGCAUAAGUUUGUUCCAGAGAAACAGGGUAUUACUGUUGAAAUCGACGGCUCUGGGUUUAUCGGUGAUGUGAUUGACUACAUCGCAGGGAAACCUGAAGGCAAAGCGCCCGAGUGGGAGGAGGUGCAACUCGAGUAG